AUGGUCUUAGAAAACUGGGAAGGACAGGAGAAUGACCGGAAGGUUGAAAGGGAGAAGAAGGGAGAUAGAAAUAGAAGUGCUAGCGUAGGGAAUAUAGAGGACUUCAUACUGAGAAAGAGGAAAAGGGAUAUGAAAGGAAAGGGGGAGGAGAGAGAGGAGGAGGGAGCUUUUGCUACAAGUAAAAAAACGCAGAGAUCGCCUAGUAAACAGAAGGAUACAGAGACGGAGGUAAGGAAGGAGAGAGGUGAGAGAAGUGCGGCAAGAUUGGAGAGGAAAGAUUGGAAGGAAGAGAUGAGGGAGUUUAUGAUAGAGAUGAGGGAGGGGAUCAGAGCGCUAAAGGAAGAGAUAAAGGAUGAGAUAAAGGAUCAGGGAAGAAGUAUGAAAGUGGAGGUAGAGGGGUUGAGAAGGGACUUGAAGGAGAGCGAGAAGAGAUGGGGUAAAGAGAAGGAGAGGUUGGAAAAGAGCAUCAGAGAGCUGGAAGGAAGGAUGAGGGAGCUAGAGUUAGGAGUGGAAAAGAGAGGGAAGAAGGGUGGGAAGGAGGAGAGAGGCGAAAAGGAGGGUGGGGGAGGAAAGAUGAUAGAAAGAAUGAAGGAGAUAGAGAAGAGAUUAGAAAGGAAGGAAAGGAGGGAGAGGAAGAAGAACCUGUUAAUAAGGGGACUUGAGAUAAAAAGAGAGAAAAGGAGGGAAGCUGUGGAGGAGAUUUUAGAGAAGAUACGGGCAAAGGUGGAGGUGGAGNAGGUAAGAAAGAUGGGAAAAGGAGGAGGGAAAAUGGAGACAGUGUGGGUGAGAUUGAGGAGUGAAGAACAAAGGAGCGAGGUAUUGAGGAAGAAAAGCAAGCUGAAGGGAAAUAGAGAAAGGAUAAUGGAGGAUUGGACCUGA